UAAAUGGAGCUGGAGGACCAAUGGUGGAGAGGACAGCUGGCCACAGACAUCUACCAGGCACUACGGUACAAAGAGCUCAAGUUGCCGUCGUACAAGGGCCAGUCUCCUCAGCUGAAUUUGAGACGAUACUAUGCGGACCUCAUAGCCGUUGUCAGCAACCACUUCCGACUGUGUCCUGCAGCCCGACACCUGGCUGUGUACCUGCUGGACCUCUUCAUGGACCGCUAUGAUGUCAGCGAGCAGCAGCUUGCUGUGGUCUCCCUCUCCUGUCUUCUGUUGGCCAGUAAGUUUGAGGAAAGAGAAGACCAGGUGCCAAAGCUGGAGACGCUGAACAGCCUGGGCUGCAUCAGCUCCAUGAACCUGAUCCUGACCAAGCAGGGUUUGCUGCACAUGGAGCUGCUCCUGCUAGAAACCUUCCAGUGGAACCUGUACCUGCCCACGGCCGCUCACUUCAUAGAAUACUGCCUGUCUAUCGCCAUCCAUGAGGGAGACCUCCAUGAUGGCUGGCCCUUGACCUGCCUGGAGAAGUCUAAAUUAUACAUGGCCAAGUAUGCUGAUUAUUUCCUGGAGGUUUCUCUGCAAGAUCAUGUGUUUUUGUGUUUUGCCCCCUCUCUACUGGCGGCUGCGUGUGUGGCCGCCUCCCGCCUCGUCCUCCACCUGUCCCCUACGUGGCCGCCACAACUGCAGCGCCUCACAGGCUACACAUGGGAGAACCUGGUCCCAUGUGCUGAGAAACUACUCAUUGCACAUGACAGUGAUGUCAGAGAGGCCAACAAGCAGAAGUGUCAGCAGCAGCAGAUGGUGUACCACAGUUCGGGCCAGACAGCCACUGUGGCCCAGUGCCUGCACCGGCCCAGUUUGCAGUAUCCCCAGCAGGCCAACCACAGGUCUGCCUCCUACCUCAGCCACUCCACCACCAGUCUGCCGGCUCCCAGUGGCCCCCAGCACGGCAGCACCCAGACCAUCUCUGCCUCACUGGAUCCAAAGUCCAACCUCACCAACAGGGCUUACCAAGUCAGCAUGCACUACACCUGUGCCGCUCCGUGUUUUGACAGAUGA